AUGGCGGAAGAAGAAAAGGCAGCGGGCGACGCUGAAAAGAACCCGGGCGUGUCGUCGACGCUCGACUAUGGCAGCCAGAUCCCGCCGGAGCUGCUCGAGACGCUCGCGCCCAACGGCGAGGCCGACUUCAUCCUGGAAAAGAUCAACUCGAUGCCCGAGGAGGAGGCGCUCGCCAUUGUCGCCGAGUCGCUGGCCUUCCACGCCGACGACUGGAACUUCCCGUCCGACAUGAGGGAGCGCAUGAGCCGCCUGCUGCGCCUGGGGCCCAAGGGCUACGGCGAGUUCUACGGCCGCGACCUGCGCGUCGACGCCGUCAUGAUGAAGUGGUCCAGCCCGUAUCCCGGCGUGCGCGCCGUCGCGAGCCCCCUCGACGACCCCGAGGUGCCUAUUGAAACGGCGAGGGCGUACUUUCUGGGCAUUGGGUGGGCGGUCAUUGGGACCUUUAUGUCGACGUUUUUCAACAGUCGCUUUCCGGGCAUCAGCCUCAGCAACUCCGUCAUCCAGAUCCUGCUCUUCCCCUGCGGCAAGGCCCUCGAGGCCGUGCUGCCGGACUGGGGCCCGACCGUGUUCCGGACGCGGCACUCGCUCAACCCGGGCCCGUGGACGUUCAAGGAGCAAAUGUUCGCCACCAUCACCUUCAACAUCGCCAUCUACACGACCAACAGCUACGGCAUGAUCCUGGUGCAGCGGUCGCCCGUCUACUACGGGCUCGACUUUGUCGACUUUGGCUACCAGCUCAUGCUGACGCUCUUCGUGCAGCUCAUGGGCAUGGGGCUGGCCGGCUACCUGCGCCGCUUCUCCGUGUAUCCCGUCAAGGCGCUGUGGCCGACGCUCAUGCCCGUCAUCGCCAUGAACCGCGCCCUCACCAAGCCCGAGCCGCGCGAGAACAUCGACGGCUGGACCAUCUCGCGCUACCGCUUCUUCCUCGUCGCCGCCGCCUCCAUGUUCGUCUACUACUGGCUGCCGGGCUACCUCUUCACGGCGCUCUCGCAGUUCAACUGGAUGACGUGGAUCGCCCCGGACAACUUCAAGCUCGCCGUGCUGACGGGCUCCAACAUGGGCCUGGGCCUGUUCAACCCUGUCACCACGUUCGACUGGAACGUCGCCACCUCGUCGUACGCCGCGCUCGCCCAGCCCUUCUUCUCCACGUGCACCAUGUACGUCGGCAGCCUGCUCGGCGGCUUCGUCAUCCUCGCCAUCUUCUACUCCAACAUGUACGACACGGGCUACCUGCCCAUCAACUCGUCCUCGGCCUUUGCCAACGACGGCAAGCCCUACGCCGUGCAGAAGAUCGUCGCCGGCAACCGCCUCGACCUCGACAAGUACCAGGCCUACUCGCCGCCCUUCUACUCGGCCGGCUACGUCCUCACCGUCGGCGCCAACUUUGCCUUUUACCCCGUCUACUUCCUCUACAUCAUGGUCAACCAGUGGAAGACGAUUGGCAAGGCCUACGUCGACUUCUACAAGGGCCUGCACCACGGCAAGGGCAACUACGAGGACGCCAUGGACGUGCACAACCGCCAGAUGGCCAGGUACAGCGAGGUCCCCGACUGGUGGUUCCUCGUCAUCUUUGUCGGCGCCAUCGUCGUGAGCGUCGUCUGGGCCGACAUCUACCCCGUCGACGUGCCCGUCUGGCUCGUCUUCCUCGUCAUCGCCGUCAACCUCGUGUUCGCCGUGCCCCUGUCCUUCCUGUCCGCCACGACGGGCACCAACCUGGGCCUCGGGUCGCUCAUCCAGAUCAUCACGGGGUUCCUGCUGCCCAACAACCCCAACGCCUUCCUGUUCGGCCAGACGCUGGGCAGCUGGGCGCUGGCCGGCUACGGGGACAACUACGUCCAGGACCAGAAGAUGGCGCACUACUGCAAGAUUGCGCCGCGGGCCGUGUUCCGGAGCCAGAUCGGCACCAUUGUCAUUACGUGCUUCGUCGCCGUCGCCACGCAAAACUUCAUCCUCAACAACGUCGAGGGCUUGUGCACGCCCGACCAGCCGAGCCGCUUCACCUGCGCGGGCGACGGCGCUCCCCUCUACGCCAACUCCCUCAUGUGGGGGCUCCUGGGCUCCGAACGCAUGUUCAACUCGGUCUACCCCUUGUUCAAGUGGUGCUUCCUCAUCGGGGCCGUCGUCGCCGUCGUCUUCCUCGCCGGCCAGGGCCUGGGGCCGAAAUACCUACCCGGCGUGCGGGAGAGAAUCCGGUCCCGAAUGUCCCCCGCGCGCUUCCGUCGCCUCGACCGCACCCUGUUCCGCUUCGUCGCUUCCCUCAUGUGGCUGAACCCGGUGCUCAUCAUCCAGGGCAUUCAGCACUGGGCCCCGUCCAACAUGGCCUACAAGACGCCCGGCUUCAUCCUGUCCUACAUCUUCAUGUACUGGCUGCCGAGGCAUCGCUUGGCCUGGUGGUCCAAGUACAACUACGUCCUGUCUGCUGCCCUGACGGCCGGUCUCGCUGUCAGCGCCUUGAUCAUGUUCUUUGCGGUUGGAUAUCACCCCAAGAGCUUGAAGUGGUGGGGAAAUACCGUCAGCACCGAUGGCAUUGAUGGCCAGCAGGUGGGAUGGCUGCCCAUCCCCGAGAGAGGGUACUUUGGACCUGAGAAGGGCCAUUUUCCGUAG